AUGCCAUCAGCUACAGGAUCAGCCCCUCCACAGGAGCCUGCUUCAUCACCAACAGCCACCACUGGCAAGGAGAUGCCCACAAAAUCCGAGCUUUAUGAUAUAGCCGCCAAGUCCCUGCAAACUGGCGGUUUCACUGGUAUCGUCGGUUCCUUUGUAGGCUUGGGCACCGGUAUCAUGAGAAAUAUGCCUCCAGCUUUGUUUGCUGCAUUCGCUGGUCUUCAGUGGUUUACUCUUGGUUCAAGCUUUGUUGCAUCGCGGAGCCUUCUUCAACAUGCUUGGGGAGGCGAGGACAAGCUGGGGCCCUGGGACAGAGUUGCAGCAAGCACAGCAGCAGGAGGUGUUUCUGGUAUGGUGGGAGGCUUGCUUCGAGGACCAAGCAAUAUUAUACCUGGCAUCUUGUUCUUCUCCACGCUCGGUGGUAGUGCCACCUACCUAUCGCAGAAAUUUUCAAGCCGGGAGCGAUCGGAGAAGACCAGUAUUCUGGCAUCGAAAUGGAGCCCUCUGAAAAAGUUGACGGACCAGGAAUACGAAAAGCUCCUUGAGGAGAAGAUUCUUAAGCUAGAUGCUGAAAUUGCAAUCAUCGACGACAACAUUGCCGCUCUCAAGGCAUCUACCCAGUCCAGCAACCAGGCACAGCAAGGUACUUCGCAACGCGCCAAAUAA